GUAUUGCGUUUACGAACUUGACUGUGCUGUUGCUGCUUUGCUACUUCAGUGCAGUGAUGUCUGCGUUGCUUUGCCUCGUAGCAGGAGCACUUUGCUUUUAUGUGAUAGUGUAUUACGGUGUAUUCAGAGGCGCUAGGUGCUCCAGUUCAGUGAAGCUGAAUGGGAAGACGGCCAUUGUUACAGGAAGCAACACUGGCAUCGGCAAGGCCGUGGCUCUGGAUCUGGCAAAGAGAGGAGCCAGGGUGAUCCUCGCCUGCCGCAACAGGGACAAAGCUGAGGCUGCUGCUUUUGACAUUCGUAGAGAGAGCGGGAACAACCAGGUGGUGUUCAUGCAGUUGGAUCUCGCGAGUUUCAAGUCUGUUCGCAGCUUUGCUGAAACCUUCCUGAAGACUGAGCCCAGACUGGACGUCCUCAUCAACAACGCAGGUGUGAUGGGUCCAGGACAUACUGAAGAUGGUUUCGGCAUGGCGUUUGGGGUAAACCACCUGGGUCACUUCCUGCUCACCAACCUUCUCCUGGAGCAGCUGCAGCAGUGUGGUCCCAGCCGCGUGGUCACCGUGGCUGCACUUCUGCACCGCUUUGGCAGUGCUCACUUCCCUCUGAUGGCGUCCAAGAACGACUCUGUGUCUGCUCAGUCUACCUGGCACAACCUUCAAGCCUACUGCAACAGCAAGCUGUGUAAUGUGCUCUUCACCAGGGAGCUGGCCAACAGGCUGGAGGGCACCAGCGUCACCUGCUACAGCCUCCACCCAGGAGUGGUCUACACAGAGCUGGGUCGCAGUAUGAGCCUCUGGCAGCAGCUCCUCCUGAAGCCCUUGGCCAAGCUCUUCUUCCUGGAUCCAGAGGGGGGGUCCCAGACCAUCCUGCACUGUGCCCUGCAGGAGGGCCUCGAGCCACUCAGCGGACGCUACUUCUCCAACUGCGCACUGCAAGAAGUGGGAGCCAAGGGACGGGAUGACGCCCUGGCUAAGAAGCUGUGGGAAGUGAGUGAGCGGUUAACCCGUUUGUCGUAACAGACUAAAUCCAAAUCCAGAGGGAUCGCUCAGUGCCUUAUCAGAAACCUCUACAGGCCUCCAGUGUCAAUGUCUUAUUGUUGGUCUCGAUCAGGAGUGUACUGCUGCCGGAGUGCACCGGAAUGACGCCCCGCCACUUUUCUCUCUCCCAAGUGAAGAAACAGAAUAUUCUUAGUUUGCAUAAUUCAGUUGAAAUUCACUUUUUUUUUUAAGUGCUCGAAGAUCCAAUUAUAAAUAAAGCGUCUGUCAUGAGAGAGAGGCAAUAAAAGCAAAUUGAGUGGUCAAAGUUGUCAUAUUGACAUUUAAGGUGUGUUGACUGAUUUAUAAAAGGGGAACUAUGCCGUUUUUUUUAGCUUAAUUUACCUUAACUGAACAGCUUCGGAGUCAUUGGAAUGGU